AAGCUUGAGAUCAUGAUCAUGUCCGCACGGAACCUACCCAAGAUGGACGCGUUCGGGACCUGCGAUGGUUUCUGCACCAUAGUGUUCCAGGGGUCGACCAAGGAGACGUCGGUCAGGCCGAGGUCGUACUUCCCUGAGUGGAACGAGUCCUUCUCAUACUUGGUCGACAACACGUUGGACCCUGGCAAGCUCCUCAUAUCG